CUAAGAUUAUUUUUAUUGUGUUUUGCAUUCGUUUAAUUAUAUUUUAUGUGUGAUCUGAGUUUGGAUUAAUUUGAUCUGAGGAGAUAGUUGGUUAGUCGUAAAAUCGUAAAUGGCGGGGGCCAAUAGUGCGGAUCAAUUCGAAGCGUAUUUUAGGAGAGCUGAUUUAGAUGGUGAUGGUAGAAUUAGUGGAGCGGAAGCUGUCGGUUUCUUCCAAGGAUCUAAUUUGCCCAAACAAGUCCUUGCUCAGAUAUGGAUGCAUGCUGAUCAAAGCCGCACUGGUUUCCUUGGCCGGCAAGAAUUUUAUAAUGCUCUCAAACUUGUUACUGUGGCACAGAGUAAACGUGAUUUAACACCAGAUAUUGUCAAGGCAGCAUUAUACGGUCCUGCUGCUGCCAAAAUUCCGCCCCCACAGAUUAAUCUUGCAGCUGUACCUGCGCAGCAAAUACCUUCUAUGGCUGCUGCAUCUGCCCCACAGAUAAGUGCACCUACUCCAACACCAAUACCAUCUCCAUCUCCAUCUCCAACGCCAACAACAACACCAACACCAACACUAAUGGGUUCUCAGAGUUUUGGUUUUAGGGGACCGGGGGUUCCAAAUGUGAGUACAAUGCAGCAGUCUCCUAGACCGUUUCAAGCUGCUCCUUGUCCUCCUCAGGUUACUGGUGGUCCAGAUUUGUUUAGGGGAGGUAGUGUGGUGGGUCAAACUCAAACCAUGUCUGCAGGUAUUGCUCCCCGUCCCUCUCAACCCAUGUCUGGUGGUACUGCUGCUCCUAAUGUUCCAAACCCAAACAUUUCAAAUGAUUGGCUUAGUAGUGGGAGGACUGCUGGACUUCCAACUGGGCCUAGAGCUGUUAGUCCAUCAACGUCCUCAUCUGCGCUGAACACACUAAGUCUAGUUUCACCAUCUUCUCAGCCUUUGACUAAUGAUUCUAAAGCACUAGCUUUUUCAGGAAAUGGGAGCUCUUCUGCUUCAAGUUUUGGAGGGGACAUUUUUGCUGCGAUCUCGCCUACCAUGAAACAAGAGCCUGCUGUGUCUACCUAUUCAGCUAGCAGUUUACCUGCCUCAUCAGCCUCUAUUCCAGUUUCCAGGGCAACCCAACCUUCAGCUAAGCUCAAUUCACUUGACUCAUUGCAGGGUGCUUUCUCUAUGCAACCUACAGGCAGCCAGUUUCAGCGAACCCAGUCAUUGAACCCGCCACAGCAAGUUUCAUUGCAAAGUUCUUCAUCAUUUACUUCCUCUGGAAUUUCAGUUGGGGUUGGAAAUUCAACUCCUGAUAAUUCCCAACUUACAUGGCCAAAGAUGAAACCUACAGAUGUUCAGAAAUAUACAAAAGUUUUUAUGGAAGUAGAUACUGACAGAGAUGGUAGAAUCACUGGAGAGCAGGCAAGGAAUUUAUUUAUAAGUUGGAGGCUACCAAGAGAGGUGCUAAAGCAAGUUUGGGACUUAUCCGAUCAGGAUAGUGAUAGCAUGCUUUCUUUGAGGGAGUUCUGCUUUGCUCUCUAUUUGAUGGAGCGAUACAGGGAAGGCCAUCCUCUUCCAGCAGUGCUUCCAAGGAAUGUUAUGUUUGAUGAGACGCUGUUGUCCAUGACAGGUCAACCAAAUCCUGCUUUUGGAAAUGCUGCUUGGGGUGCCAGUCCUGGUUUUGGUCAGCAGCCUGUGAUGGGUCCUCGACCAAUGACUCCGACUGCUGGUUUGAGGCCACCAGUUCCGGUACCAGCCCCCAAUGUUGACAGUGCAAUGAUGUUCAAUCAACCAAAGUCGAGAGCACGUAAGUCAGAUGAUCCUUUUGCAAACCAACUUGAUAACGGGGAGCAGAAUUCAAAGCUCCAAGAGGCAACAGCUGCCGAAAAAAAGGUUGAUGAACCAGAGAGGGUGAUUUUAGAUUCUAGAGAAAAGAUUGAGUUUUACCGCACAAAAAUGCAGGAGCUUGUGCUUUAUAAAAGCAGGUGUGACAAUAGACUAAAUGAAAUCACAGAGAGGGCACUUGCAGAUAAGCGUGAGGCGGAAUCACUGGGUAAGAAAUAUGAAGAGAAGUAUAAACAAGUUGCAGAUAUAGCUUCUAAAUUAACUAUUGAAGAUGCCAAAUUUCGUGAACUUCAGGAGAGGAAGAUGGAGUUGCAUCAAGCUAUUGUCAAUAUGGAACGAGGUGGCAGUGCAGAUGGUAUUCUGCAGGUCCGUGCUGAUCGUACACAAUCAGAUCUUGAGGAGCUGUUGAAGGCUUUAACUGAACGUUGCAAGAAACAUGGAGUAGAUGUUAAGUCAAGUGCACUAAUUGAGCUUCCAUUUGGCUGGCAACCUGGAAUUCAAGAGGGAGCAUCUGUUUGGGAUGAAGAGUGGGACAAAUUUGAAGAUGAAGGAUUUGGCAAUGAGCUCAAAUUUGAUGCAAAAAAUGCUUCUGCCUCUCCAAAUGAAAAGGCUUCACCAAAUGGUAGUUUAACUCCUGAUUCCUUAUCCAAUGUGGAUGAAAAACCCAAGAACUUGAUGAAUACUGGUGAACAUGUACUUGAGAGUGAAUCUGCAUACACUCACAGUGAAGAUGAAUUGGCAAGAAGCCCUGCUGGAAGGUCUACUAUAGAAAGUCCAUCUAAAGAUUUUUCUGAUGGCCCAUUUGCAAGGAGUACUGAAGCAGAUGCAGAAACACAUAGAAGUUUUGAUGACUCGACCUGGGGUGCAUUUGACAAUAAUGAUGAUGUGGACUCAGUAUGGGGGUUUAAUCCCAAGGGCUCAGAUUCUGACAGUCACAGAGAUUUCUUUGUAUCUAGUGAUUUUGGUGUAAACCCAAUUAGAACUGGAUCCCCGAGUGCUGAGAGCACCUUUCAGAAAAAGAGUCCAUUUACAUUUGAUGAUUCUGUUCCUGCCACUCCACUCUCAAGAUUUGGAAACUCUCCACCUAGAUACAGUGAUGCAUCAGGAUUUGACAGUUUCUCGAGGUUUGAUUCCUUCAGCAUGCAUGAUGGUGGAUUUUCUUCACAACCAGAGAGACUCACAAGGUUUGAUUCCAUAAAUAGUUCCAGGGACUUUGGCAAUGACAGUUUUACAAGGUUUGAUUCCAUAAAUAGUUCCAGGGACUUUGGCAAUGACAAGUUCUCAAGGUUUGAUUCUAUAAACAGUACCAAAGACUUCGGCCAUGAGAAACUGGCAAGGUUUGAUUCUAUUAACAGUACCAAAGACUUUGGCGACAGUCAGGGAUUCUAUUCUUUUGAUGACACAGAUCCUUUCGGCUCCAGUGGCCCGUUUAAGGUCUCAUUUGACUCAAACUCCAAAGAUAAUUUCUCAUUGGACUCAAGCUCCAAAGAGAAAUUCUGAUACAACUUUCUGUUCUGGCAAUGUCAAGAAAAGAGAAAAAGUUAUCUUCCCUGUUCUGUUUUGUUACCACCCG